AUAAAACUUGGGCAUCCUGUGUUUGUUGAGCUCGCAAUGGCUUCUGGGUACAUUCCAAGAUGGCGGACGAACCUCACAGAACAUGAUUUUCUCUUCGUUUUCCUCAAAAUUCAAAUAAUGGCCGUAAACUUCUUACACCAUCUUUUUCAAACCAAGAUACGAUGUAGCGCUGUAAGUUCAGAUGGCUACUCGCCGCAGAAUCUCGUCAGUGAAAGUUGGAGGGACAGAAAUCGUGGAUUUUUAGCAUCACAUUUUAUCAAACCUCCAGUUUGUCUUGUCUUCCAGUUGCCUUUCCCGAUUAACGUUCAUUCACUUAUUAUUAAACCUAAAGUUGGUUCGCAGAUUUCUUCUGGUGUUGAUGUGUUUGUUGCUGGAGUAAAACAUGAUUCUCUUGGUGAAGUAGCCGUGAAACAAGACAGAAAAAGUCGUCAAAAGUCUUCAUCAUCUUCAGUUAGCAGUUCCUCUAGAAAUAACAUCAGAUCGAAAACCAAAAGACGAAAAAUCGAAUCUGAAAUUCCAUGUACAGGAGGCGAAGCUCAAGGACUACUCUCACAGGAUGAAGAAGAAAAGCCAAAGAAUUUUGAAGUGUUCGCUCACAAAUAUUCGGCGUUGAUAACACCUGACUCCUUCAAGAACGAACACAGAAAUAUUUUCACGUUAGUAAGCCGAGCGAAUGAACCUUUGGGUAGAACAAUUAGAAUAAUCAAUAAAAGAUAUGGAGGGCAAAUAAACCCAGCUGUUGAUAGUUCUGGAGAUGCAAUUAUUCACGAGUUCUUUCAAUCUCAUACUCUGAAUUAUGUAACACAUAUCGUGAUUGUUAUUAGUAGAGUUAAAGGAAGCUGUGUCCCUGGACUAGGAAGGCUUGAAAUUUGGGGCCAAGCAUCGUCAUGCUGUGGUGCUCAUAUUACUACCUACGUUUCUGAUAUCCAGAAGAAAAUAAUGCAAAAUGACAAUGAAACUCCUGCUACAGAUGUUACUAAAAAUGGAAACAAUGAUAUCACAGAUGGAGAUAGAGUUACUUACCAAGAUAAACACAUGGAAGAUGAAAAAGACAUACCAUCUGAGUUUGUUGAUCCUAUUACUUGUAACUUAAUGACAAUUCCAAUGCUCUUGCCGUCUGGGUUAAAUAUAGAUUUAUCCACGCUGGAAAAGCAUAUUGAAGUCGAGAGGUCAUGGGGGCGUCUACCUUCGGACCCAUUCACUGGAGUUCUGUUUUCUGAUGGAAUGAAACCAUUACCAAACGGAGCUCUGAAAGUUCGAAUUGAUAAAUAUAUCUUAAUGUCUGGUGUGGAUGUCCGAAGCUGUGGAAGAACUGUGGGAAGGUCUGGUGAAAGUAUUUUUCCAAAAACAAGUUUGAAAACUGGUUUUUCAAGCAAAGCACUUGGUAAUGCAUUGAAUGUAAAAAUGAAUUGCAAAUCAUUACAGAACAAGACAAAGGAAAAAUACAUUGAAAAUGAAAAGAAUGGAGAAGUACUUGGGGAACUAAAACAUCUUGGUUACGAGAAAGCAGAUUGUGUGGAUAAUGUUACCAAAGAUGCAAAAAAAGAUAUCGUCCAAUCACAUGAAGAGAAAGUAUCAGAGAGCCUUGAUAGUGCACUAAUGAAAACCCUUGGGGGUGCCUCUUUUACCAGAAGAGAUCAAAGCCUCAAAGAGUCUGUAACAAGCAAUAAAGCAACAGUGCCUUGUGCAUCAUCUCUGGUUGAGAAUCUUGGAAAACAAGCUAAAUUUGGGAUUCAAAAUCAGACUUCAACAAGUAAAGACAGUCAACAUCACAAGAGCAAUUUUUCUAGCAGUGAUUGUAUUGGAUGUAAGAGUCCUCUCAAUGCAUCCCUUAGUAUGUUUCAGUUACCAUGCAAACACUUAAUGUGUAGAAAGUGCUUAACAGAAAAAUCAAGAGUGUCCAAGACCUUGAAAUGUUUUUCAUGUGGUCAAGAAUUUGAACGAAAAGAUAUUAUCAGAGUUCAUCAAUAAUAAAUUUGAAUAUUAAUUUAUUUGUUGUAGCAGAUUUUUGUUAUUCCAGACCAAACAUCAAUCCCUUGAGAAUAAGAUUCUUUUUAAGAAGGAUUAAAAUUUCCUCACACUGUGAAACAGUUUGUAAUAGUUAGUGUAUAAUUAGUAAUUAGUCCUCGAGCAUGAAUGGGCUAUUCACUCAUAAGCCAUGAGGACGAGAGGAGUAAUAAACAGUUUGUAAUAGUUA